UUUUGUAUGAAACAAUUUAUUGUGCAUUUUCAGUUUUGCUUAAUGCAAUCAUGAUAAUUAAAGUUUAAUAAUAAAAUACAGUUCAAAAAAAUUCCAGUAUCGAAAAAUAUGCCAUAACUGUGACUGUAUAGUAUGGGAGAGCUAAUCUGAGUAUUCAAUGGAAUAAAAUUUUGUUUGCAUCUAAUAUUACUUAUUUUGCAAUAUAGGUAAGUCCAACAUUUUUGGAGUUUUCAAGAAUAAAAUAGGAGGUUGACGACGACAUGAAAUUUAUUGUCUUUUUUGAAUAAAAUAAUAUAAAAUCAUUUAUAUGACAGUGUUGUUUUCUUUUAUAAAAACAACAAAAAUCCAUGACAAACUAUUUUAACUAUUUCAUAAAAUAAAUUUAAUUCACAUAAUGCGAUAUAUUGUGCAUUAUUAUUACGUUAAACUUGUUUACAACACUUGUCAUAAUGUUGUUUAGUUUCCGCUCUAAACAAAUUAUUUUAAACAAAAAAUUGUUGAUGUCCAGUGGGUAUCCACAGUCAAAAAUUACUCUAAACUAUGACUCCAAUGAUUCAUGUGUUCUGUGUUUUAGUUCAAGUGAUUUUAAAUAAUGCAGAAAAUUGCAAUAACAUGGGAACUUUACUUUACGAAGACUUAGGAUGUAUUCCUCAAUAUAGCGAGUCAAAUAAAAACUCUCUGUGUCCUAUUAAAUACUCCUGUAAAGGUCUAGGACCAUGGUAUGAUUAUUGCCAUUUUAGGGGCAACACAUAUGAACUUUCCCAAAUGGUUGAAAAAAAUUUAACUUCUCUAUCAUGCGACGAAUCUUGUGUUUGUAGCAAUUUCUUUACUGGGUACAAUUUUAACUGUGCUAUCUUGGAUUGUCCUGAAUGGCUAGGAGAGCUAAUACCGGAAGGGUGUUACAGAAAGUAUACCUUGGAACAUUGUUGUUCGACUGAAAGAGCAUGCUUUCCUUUUGAUGAAAUUGAUGAAAUCGCAAAAUGUGUCAUUGAUGGAGAGGAGUAUUUAGAAGGACAAUAUUUUUACCCGAGAAACUCUUGUUUGAAAUGUAUUUGUCAAGAAGGGUUUAAAGGUAAAUUAGAGGAGCCUUUUUGCAAGAGAAUCACAUGUGGUGAGCAGCUUAAACACGCUAUAUUUCUUCAAAAAAUUUGUGCUCCUGUCUAUUAUAAGAGAAAAGAUGAACCGUUUUGUUGUCCUAAUUACUGGAUUUGUGCUAAUGGAUCGGAAGUUAUCAGAGGUGAAACUAUAUCAGAUUAUGUUUGCAUGUUUGGCGAGCGAACUCUAAAAGUCGGUGAAUGGUUUAAAAAUGGUGAUGAAAUUUUAUGUGAAUGUUUAAUUCCGCCUUUGGUGACCUGUCAUCUCUUUGAUAAAUAUGACGCUUAAUUAUACUCGUAAUUUAAGUUGAUUAAAAUAAUUGUUCAAUUGCAUUUUUUAAAAUUAACUUUCCAAAUUGGUACAAUUUAUUCUAGGAAAAAAAUAUACGAGCCUAAAUAACAUAAUCAAUACUCGUUUAAAAAGUACGAUCUCGAUCAGCAGUCGUCGGAUUACCAAUCUGGCAAGUAUAAAUUAAAAGGUGUUUCCGGAAAAUUCAAUUAGGAUGUAAUUUAAUGUUUUUUAACUGUUUCAUUUUUCUUAGCGGUUUCGAAUUUGCUCAGCCUGCAGGCAAUGAAUCCAUCAAUUUAUUAUCAACAUUACUUUAAUUAAAAGUUGGUAAAAAACGGACAUACCGAGGCCAUUCUUUUGAUAUGUUUGCAAAGUUAAUUUAUCAUAAAUUAAAAAGUAAUAAAACUUUUCGCUUUUUUUCCUAAACUGUUACGUUAAAAUUAGCUUCUUAUCAUUCUUUAAGCAAUAAUUGAAUGUCCUUAUGUACUAUUCUCCGGCUUAUUAACUUCUCAGCCACGAGGUAUGAAUAUUUAAAUUUAUGUAAAUUGUGUUCGUGAUGUUUUUUUGUCCAAAUAAUAUAUUUUUGAGCUCCUUUGGGACAUAUUAAGUAAACACAAGAUAUUUUGUGAACGCCACGUCGCUGGAAUUUUCAACAAAACGAAUUAUAACAUGACAUAUCAGAUGUCCAAACUCUUGAAUAGCGAGGGUGGAUUAUAGUAAGAUAAUUUUUUUGCUGCACUAGAACAGUGUUAUGCAAUUUAAAGGUGACGCGUAUACAACACGAAAUUGCUAUAAAAGCACUUGUGUGGUCUAACAUGCGUAAACACGACAAUAUGGUGAUUGAAUAAUUGAACAAUAAAUCAAUAAAUUUAUUUAAUAAUGAGGGGGUCAGGUUUAGAAAAAUUGCGAAUAAUGAUUUAAUAUAAUGCAAUAAUUAGCUCAGUUUUUAAGGCCUUGUUGUAAUUUUUAUGAAAAUAAAGUUUAAAACAGUCGUUAUAAAACAUAGUUUAGAUUUGGUAAUUUGACAUAACCAAUACCUCCAGCUAUUUACUAUACUUGACAUGUACAUACCUAUUUGGGUAUUCUAUUCAGUAUUGUUCUGUAACAGAUUGUAAUUCUCUGCUCAGCAACCAAUUGAAUUUUUUGUAAUAAUUAAUUAAUAUUAUUGAAGAGCGUUAAAACAAAUAAAACAUAUUUAAGAAGAUAAUUUGCUUGUCUCAAUAUAUUUUUUUAUUUAUUAAUAAUUGAUUAAUAUUUGAAAUUGAUUUGAGAUUAAAAAAUUUUCUCCGUUUCUGUUUCGCAGUAAUGAAUCUUCUUGAAAGGAGCAAUUUGCCCUCGGCCUUAAGCCAUGAAGAGAAAAAUGUAAACAUUAGAGCCUGAAAUAUGCGCUUUUUAACUUUAAUCCGGAUUAACAGCUUUUGUUCCUAAUUUAAUAUGUGCCUAGUCUAAUAUAUUUAAUAACGGAACGAAUUAUUUUUCUCUUAAUUCUUUGAAACACAUCCCUGAAAUCCGAUAGUACAAUCUGUAAUUAUUUCAAAAUCCCUUGACCUAUGAUCCACUAUUAGCUCUUGAAAUGCUUCGCUUGUGCAAAAUUCAUUACACUAAUUGAUUAAUUAAUAAUGAAACAUAAGCUAACAGUUUGUAAAAUUUAUUAACAAUUAAAAACCAGGCACUACUUCUUCUACAAAAUCUAAGAAAUUGCGAACUCGCGUAAAAACUGUUGUUUUCUUCUCACCACCAACUUUUCUCCCGAAAGACACCAAACCGAUGAGUUUGUCGUCCACGACAAGGGGUCCCCCGGAGUCUCCCUGAAAAGCAAUCGUAAAAAUUAUAUAUGCGGCGUGAUAUAUUUCUCGCCAUCAAGGAUGUUACGACUAUUAUGCACGAUAUUGGCUUAUGGCAAAGAAAAUAUUGCUUUUCACAUAUUUAUUUUUAUUUGAAACGUAAAUGCUUUAAUACGUUUCGCAAUAUUUGGCGGAUUCAGGUGAUAAAUGGUAAAACGCAAAGUUUUUUUUUUCGUUUGAAACUCCUUAAAAAUCCGUUUUUUUUUCUUUUUAUUUGUACCAUAGCGUCGCUUUAUUGUAUCUUUGUUUGACACAAAUGUAUUUACUUUCCCCCAAUUUUUCACAUAAUUUCAAAUUCGGUUUUGGCACAAUAUUGGGAAGUCGCCUUUUAUUCUCUCACAGUAAAAGCUUUGGAAAAUUCCGCAAAGCAAACAUUUUCAUUGCGUGUAACAAAACAAACCACCAUAAUAUGUUAUUAUACUUGCAUGUAUUAUGUGAUUUAUAUAUUGGAAUAUAAUAUACAUUAUAAAUUUCACUAUACUAUAAGCUUUUCCACACUUCGUUUUGACGAGGGUUGGAAAAUAAUGUUUUUAUAAAAUAAUUAUUUGGGUAGGCUAAUUUUAUUAUUUUUUUCUGUAUUAAAAAUUAUUGAUUUUAAAUACGGUAUAUUGACAUUUUACGAGUUGACACACAAACAAUGUUGAUAAUAACGGUAAUGCCAGGUGUCACAGUUUGUUUUUAUUCAGUUAUAAGUUUUUAAAUUAAUUAAACUAGAGUAGUUUUUGUUAUUAUUAUUAAGGAGUGUAUAGUUACUAUUAUGUUAAUAUUAUUACAUUUACUUUUUGGUAUUUAUUAAAUUUAGUUAACAAUUUGUUCAGAUUAAGUUUAGUAAUAAAUAAUUAUAAUUUAACAAACUCAUGUUGAAUUUGACAUAGAGUUUGUUCCUUUAAUUUUAUAAUGUUAAACAAUGUUUU